UAAGGAGGAACCGGAAGUUAUCCACUGUUUAGGAAGUGGAGUAAUGCCUGUUGUUUCACUUCAGUUUGCAUUUCAAAAGAGAGAAAAGUCGUAACAUAUGGACUCCAAAGGACCUUCGCUUCGUCCACAGGCAGGACCGUCUGGAGACAUAACUCAGAGCACAGAGGAAGACUCUUUAGUAGACGGCCCACUGAUCUCUGCUGACGCCCUCCACUCUGCUAUCAGGAGAGAGUUCCAGCCCGUACCAACAACCUGUCCUGCUGGCCUGCUGGCCCUGCUGCAUGUUCUGUACGUGGUAUUGUCGACAUGUGUCGCUCUGCUGUGCGUGCUGAAGUUCGGCCAGGAGGAGGUGUGCGUGAACAUUCUGGACGGCGUGCAAGGUGACAGUGUCAUUGUGUUCGGGAAGGUGUUUUUGUGGGUGCUGAUGUUGUCGUUGAGCAUCUGGAUGCAGCAUCACCACAGUCGAGUCCGCAGCAGAGGAUACCUGCAGUUUUACAGGCAGACACGGUGGCUGAAACAGGUGCCAUUCACUGUACACUCAAUAGGAAACACUCUGGUGCUCUCACUUCUGGCCAUGAAACUACCCCAAAAUAUCCACAUCUACCUGCUGCUCAGCAUUCUGGGAUUGGAGCUUUUGGUGGCUGCUUCAUUUCUGAUCUGUUACACGGUCAAAGUGGUGCAGUUCAACAAAGAGCGAGCUGCACCAGACGUGAGCCAGGAGGACCUUUCACACACCAACAGUGUCACAGCCUCUCCGGCUGAAACCGGUUUCAGAGGACCCACCAAUCUGGAAGAAGUGGUGGAGAAGCAGGCCGACCUGAUCGAGUACCUGAAACAGCACAACACGUUGCUGAGCAAGAGGCUGCUGAACCUCACUGCUCAGCACUGACCUCAGCUCCACUUCCUCCUGUAAACCAGGCGAUUGCUGGCUGCAGCCGCAGGAGAGAAAAAAAAAGUUUUACUGCUCUGAGAGAAGAGCUCAAAGACUAAAAAAGUAAGCUAAUGCACCUGUACACACAGACUGAUCCAGCUCCUCUGGAAGGUACCCUCACCUGAGAUGGACUGAUAACGCUGCAGGAGGUGAACCGAAGGCGGAGGGCUUUUCAGGGGAAAAUGGGAGAUAAAGAGAGCGGGAGUCGUGGGUCACGAAUCAGAGGUGAGGAGGUUUUAUCACUGACUCCGGUGAUCUGUGGACGCUGCUCCUUUUGUCACUCUGAAUGAAACGGAGCAAGAAGCUCAUCUGCACAAAGGAAGGACGGGUUAUCUGAAUCAAGCAAGCAAGAUUAGUUUUAUCUGUUGAAAUGUAAAUUUUUAAGUGUUUUUUUUUCCUCCUCAUAUUUCAGCUGCCGUCUUUGAUUUUGUUUGUUACUAAAAUCUAAUAAAAUGUUUAACUAUUUUAUUUGUGAUACCACUGGUUCUGACUGUUUUAUGAGUAUGUAUCUAAUACUGCUGUUAUUGCCUUUCUACUACUGUAUUUUAAAUUUCAAAAACACACAAAAUACGAAAUCUGUCUCUCAAA